GGACACUUAAGUCAAAUGCGACAAAGUGCAGGCCGUUGCGGUACUUCCACGGAACUGAGUGGCAUUUCCGUAAUAAUAACAAACAAGAAGGGUAUAUACUUACCUCUUACCCUUCUUAGCCAGUGGAAGGAGCCGAUAUCCUCUCCCAUGGCUUCUCUUGCGAUAUGCCCUUCUCCUUCUUCGGUGUCAUUUCGGAAUCGGAUUUCGGCGAUACCGGCACGGAUACAGACCCGAAACGCCGAGCGGCGGAAUGGAAGCGGGUUUUCAAUAAGGGCGUCUGCAUCGGGAAUCGUGCUGGUAGAGAAAACUGAAGUUGAGAAGGUGAAUCGGCUGAAAGCAGUUUAUCUGGAGAAGGUCGUUCCUCUACUCAAGGACGAGUUCUCCUACAAGAACAUGCACGAGGUCCCGAAGAUUGAGAAGAUUGUGGUGAACUGUGGCAUGGGUGAAAUCGCACAGAAUAACAAGGGUUUAGAAGAAGCAAUGAAGGAUUUAUCACUUAUUACUGGGCAGAGGCCAGUGAAGACACGUGCAAGACAGUCUAUCGCCACCUUCAAGCUCCGGGAGGGUCAGACCGUUGGUGUCGCAGUCACACUCAGAGGAAAUAUGAUGUAUUCGUUUCUGGAUCGGCUUGUAAAUUUGGGGCUUCCGAGGACUAGGGACUUCCAAGGUGUGAACCCCAACAGUUUUGAUGGGCACGGCAACUACAGCAUUGGCAUGCGUGAGCAGAGCGUGUUCCCAGAAAUCAGGUACGACGCACUUGGGAAGCCCAGGGGGAUGGAUGUCUGCAUAACCACCACAGCAAAAACAGACAACGAAGCUCAGAGGCUGCUCGCCCUCAUGGGGAUGCCGUUCAGAGAGGGCGGGGGUCCGACUGUGGUGAUCCGCAAGAAGAAGAAGAAGGCUCACCAUUACGAUUCGAAAUCGAAAGGAAGAAGGUAGUGAGGAUUGAAAGUAAGCUGAGGUGCCAAAUAGAUUGAUCCUGUUUAUUUGAAAAUGUCUGUAGGGUCAGGUGUAUCAUUUGUUUUGACAGAACAUUCAUCAUUUGAUUUAAACACUUUGUUGCCAUGGAAAUAUGAUGAAAAUAGUUUGAUCUGAUGCUAUUGUUUAGCA